AUGAACUGUGACCGGCUAUCACAGGAGGAAGAAGAGCCUUGCAUAAUGGCAGCCACCAGGUUUGAAGAGUGGGAUGAUGCUGAUUCGGAUACUCUCUCAGCUCCUGAGACACUAAUGAUUCCUGGUGAAUACGAGCAGCAUGGAACGGAUGAGGAUUCAACGUUCAGAGUAAACUUUGUAGCUACUGGUGGUAAAAUCGAGGAAACCGCCUCCUGCGACAUUCUCGGUGGACAUCUAAUGCCCAAGACUGCGGUUUUGCCGUAUUUGUCGGGAAUCAGUCGUCUGCCUAAUGGUGAGUCCCAAGCUCUUCGCCUCGCAGCAUCUGCAGACAUCUUGGAGGCAGUCUCAUUGCUCUUGGAAUUUGACGUUGACGUAAACGCAGUUGACGACAAUGGAAACACAGCCCUCCACAUCGCUGCUUUCGCCGGUUGUGUGGAGUCAAUCAAGAAACUCGUUGAAGCAGGAGCGUCACUGACGGCCCAAAACAGCAAGGGGCAUUCCGUGUUCCACUGGGCAGUUCGCAGCCGGAACACCGCCGCCCUGUCACUGCUGAAGGACCUGGGUGCGGACAUGAAUUCCGCUGAUUGGAAGGGCCACACACCACUGCACACGGCGCUGGCCUCCGGAUUCCACGAAGGAUUUCACGCGCUUAUGGACCUCGGGGCGAACCCCUUCGUCUCCACGCCAGACGGUGUCUCUCUCCUGCACGCUGCAGCAGGGAAGGGUAACACGAGCGCAGUUCGCACGCUGUUGCAAGCGGGCGUCGACGUGGACGCUCGCAACGCCAUGCAUCGAACGGCCCUGCACGAAGCGGCGUCCGGCGGUCACGUGAGGUGUGCGGAACUACUUCUGGACGCCGGAAUACACACUGAAUGCCGCGAUGACCUCGGCCGCACUCCUUUGCACCUAGCAGCCAGCCACCGACACGUGGGGGCGGUAGUACUUCUGUUGCAGCGGGGAGCAGACGUUGAUAGCGCCAGUGUGGAUUUGGACACAGCCCUCCACAUGGCAGCUCUAGUCGGCGACAGAAAAACUGUAGAGAUUCUGAUCGGUGCUGGCGCGGAUGUGAACGCUAGCAACGCGGAAGGGUCUACCCCUCUGCACGUGGCCAUUGCAGAGCGGCACGACGAAGUGGCGGACUAUAUUCUCUCUCUGCGGCGGUCUGACGUGGAUGUGGCAGACGGCGGGGGCCUCACCCCUCUACACCUGACUGCCGUGAACGGGGUCGCUUCUUCUACUGCUGCCCUUGUGGCAGCGGCGACUCUGUCGUUCAGUAUGUUGCCGUGGGAAACACCAGUGAACGAAGCAGUAGAGCGGAGCGACAUCGUAGUAGAAUGGUUGAACAGCCUACGAGGAGGCAUACAUAGAUCUGCAACAUCCACUGAGUCUGACUGUUACGCUAUUUCCUUUUAG